CGUGAGUUUUGGUGGUUUGAUGUCCGGUUUAAAUUCAUCAAUUUAUUAGAAAAUGAUAGGAGAAUUUCGUUGAGUGAUGUCUUCAGAGAAGGACCCUUUUUUACAAGCAAAAGAAGCGGAAGCGAGAAUCAUCAAACUUCAGGCGGAAAUUCAACAUGUAAAACAAAGAAUACAACUAGCAGAUUCGGAGGAGAGGGCGGAAACCGAAGAAUUUAACAAGAAGAUCAAAGAAAGCGAAUCAAAAAUCAAGAACCUCACGAGUCAACUUCUAAAAUUGCAGAUAAGCAGAAACAAAGGCUUACAGGGUGAUGAAAAGAUUAUUGCUAAGGCCUUUCGGAAACACUCACGAGAAAUUGGAGUUUUAGCUGGGAAAUCUCCUAAAGAAGCAAAAGAAAUUCUGGACAAUAAAGUACUGGAUCUAAUUAAAAAGAGCAACGCUUUAACACACGAACUGAACAUGAAAGAACGAGAUUUGGCUAAUUUAAAAAAGCAAUCAAAAGACGUUGCUUGGAAAACAUACAGUGAAUUCGAAGUCGAACUGGAGGAAUCAGAUAUUCUCAGGAGGGUGCGAGAAUUAGAAAAUGAUUAUCAAAAAGUUGAGAAAAAUUUGAUGGAAUGCCAAAUUAUUCAAGUAAAGUAUAAAGCUAUUGAGGAGCAGUUGAGAAGGGAGUUGAUGGCCUAUCCUCGUUUGCUGGAGGAGCUUGAAGAACAACACCGCGAGCAACAGCUUGACGUGGAACGGCUCAUGGCGAGCGAGGCCAGAGCUCACGAGAGGAGGGAGGUGGCGCGCAAAGAACUCUCCAAGGCCGAAGCCGAUGCUCUCAGGGCCCGACAAGAGAAGGAAAAGAUCAUAGCGGAGUACAGCAAAGCCCUCAAGCCUAAACAACUUACCAUGCAGAAACAAUCAACAGAACUGCGUGACUCAGAGGCGGCGGAGCAAUGGAGGCAACUCCGCACAGAGCAAGAAGCGGAGCUCAAGAAGUACCACGAAGCCUUCGAAAAGAUUAAGGAAGCCAUCGGCAUAUCGGAUAUCAAUGAAGCCGAGUCAAGAUUUCUAUCUCAGCAAACGACACGAGAGGAAUUGGCGCAGCUGUCGUCUCAAGCCGAAGCCAAACUUGAGAGCCUAAGGAAGGAAGCGCAACAGUUGCGCUCUGAGAAUGAGGGCUUACGAGGUGCAGAAUUGGCAUCGCCUCAGAUAGUACUUGAAAAAGAAUUGGAACAAGCCAAACUGGACAAUGAAGAACAAUUAAAACGAAAAUCAGCAGCAGAAUAUGAGUUAGAAAGAAUAAAGACACUUCAUGCCGAUAUUAAAUCCGGAUUGUGGCAACAGCUUCAACUCAUGGAAAAAUAUCUCCAAGAGGAUGAAGACAGUGAUCUGACCACAGCUCCGGACGAAGAAGCCACUGUCAUUGUUACAAAAAUUGAAACUCUUUUGGGAAAAAUAUUUGAAAAACUAAAGGAUCAAGAUUUAGAAGCCCUGAAAGAAGAAUUAAAAGAAGAAGAGUUCUUGCAGAAAAUGGAACCUACAAAACUAGUGCCAUCUGCUGGAGCACGUAAACUGAAACCUGCAGAAGAAGAAGAAUCCAGCGAUGAUGAAGACUUAGAGAAGAAGCGAACAGCACUGAAGAAGGAGGCGCAGGUCUACGCCGAAAUGAAGAAAAAGCAACAAGGAAGGGGAAGAAUGAUGAUGUUGUAAAACUUACACGUAGGAAAUUUAAUGAUUCUGAAGUCGUCUCAAGCAAGAACUUUCCAAACUCUUGAUUUACAAUGCGAAUAU